UAAAGAUACAAAUUCUGCUAUUGCAACUCAUAAAAUUACUAAUGUUACUAAUAGUAAGAAUAACAAUCUUACUGUUGAAGAGGAUAAUAGAAUUAUUAUUAAAAAGGAUAAUAGUGAUGCUAUUGAUGAGGAUAAUAGUUUUGCUUUUGAUGAUAAAGAUAUAGACUUUACUUUUGAUAAUAUAUUUAAUGAAUUUAAAAUCACACAAAAUAUUCUUGAACUUACUACUGACAAUAAUGCAAGCAUGUUUGUUGUAGAGCAUGAGCUGCAA